AUGCCCACUCUGAAAUACUCUACACCCUUUCAUAAGGUAAUUUCGAGAGAUAAGGGAGUCUUCAAUGGCCGUAACUUAUUUAUAUCUGCAGAUGCCAUAACCUGGGUACCCCUGUACGCUAUAUCCAUUACAGACCAGGGGCAAUUAUAUUCUUCGGACGAGAAUGACAGCCACUACCUCGUCUUACAGAACUUACAGUCAUGCUUCGUACAAGUGAUACCCGAUAUCAACGGCGGAACUACGCUAAAUAACCCAAUACCUCACAAUCGAAGGAAUUUAGCAUCUAAGAGAAGAGAGAUUUCCGCAGGUUCAUCACAUUCAGGCAAUGGAACCGCUAACGCCAACGGAAAUGGAAGUAUCAAGACCACUAUUACAGGAAUCGGAGGGCAGCAUCCAGCUGAAAAUGUGGACGAUGAACCUCCUGUGAUAUUUAUAAAGACUUAUGACAAUGAUAAACUUUACAUCAAGAUCCCAUCCAAGACCAAUUUUGGAAAUUUGCUUGCGUCCUUAAUUGUCUGGCAGAAUUUGAAACCCCAGGGUUUGGCCAAAAAGUGGUACAGCGAAAAUAAAGUAUUGAAAAUGGAUACCCAGGAAUCUACAUACGAGGUGUUAGUUUGUAGAUUCAAAGUCUAUGGUCCGAUCCCUACAAAGCUGAAGAAUUUAAAGAUUUUACCAGGGCUUGUGGCUCCGUCGUACCAACAACCAACACUGAAGAGAGACCCAUUAGGAGGUAAUGAACACCAAACGAACAAUUUUGUGUCCAACUACACAUCAUCACACUACCACAACCAAGACGCAAAUAACCUGACCAACUCACUCCCCUCCUUAGUCAACGAAGGUUGGUUUUACACAAUGGGUGUGUUAAAAUCAAACGGUAUGUUGAAUUUCAUCACUGAAUUGGAUGGUACGCUACUUUACUCUAUUGACAUCAAAACAGUGAUGCUGUCAGAAGUCCGCGAAGUGCAUCAUUCCAUUUUCGACAAUUCCAACGUGCUUUUCAUCGGAAGAAUUAAAGAGUUGAGGUGGAACAAUUGUAUAAAGACAAUCACGCCAAACCUGUUAAACGAUCAAGACGAACCAUUUUUAUUCAGAGACGGGAAAUUGAUUAACAGUAACCAAAGGAUUUUGAUAGAAUUCCCACUUCAUAUUGAUUUAGAGGAUUGGUUCGUUGGAUUGAAUUACUUUGCCAAAAGAGAAUAUAUUGGAAGUUUCAACCCUGAAACAAGUCAUUUACCCCCACAGCAGAUGCAGCAAAGUCCCCUGAUGGGAGGAGCGGAUGACCAGACUUUACACUCUCAGGGAACUUCAAAGUUAUCGGGAGGAGCUACUAACACAACUGCUGACACUUCUAUAGAAGGUCCAAUUGUUAUACCACCUCCAACUUCUUUGAUGGAUUAUACUAAGGAUAACCUUAGAGUUAGCAAAAAAGUAUCUAUUGAUAUUAUAGAAGCAAAGUUUGAUUCCAUUGUGAACAAUAACUCUAAUUCAAAUGUGUCGUCUACUACAGGAAAUACAGCAAAUGGAGGUGGUGCCACAUCAUCUAUGUUCAAAAAAGCUUCCUCUGGCAGGAUUUAUGCAGAAGUUGUUAUGUGGGGUCUACCAUGGUCCAGAACUGCGAUUGUCUCGCAUACGCACAAUCCAUUCUGGAAGGAAGAGUUUUCUACGAAUUUACCAAUUUCCACUCAAAUUGUCCACAUCCUUAUCAAAGACUGUGCAGGUUUAACGUACCUGUUGCAAGAUAAAGUAAUCGGUACGGUUUUCAUAACCCCCGAUAUCUUGACGAAACAAUUACACACGAGUAGCACGAUGAUGACCGGUUCUGUAGGCGGUGGAAUUAAUGUCAAUGGAUCUUCAGCUGGUGUCAUCCCUUCUUCUAAUGCAGCUACAAAUGAUAUUGUAAGAUUGAGUAUCUAUGAUUCAAGUAAUUUACCAAUUGGUAAGUUGCUUUUGACAGUCAAUUUAAAAGAGUACCAUGUUUUGGCUCCGAGAAAUUUCAAGACUUUAGAGAGUAUGCUUUUGAAUGCUCCCAUGAAAGAUUUAAUUAAGUUUUGUAACACCAACGUCCCUACAAGUGAUUUUGAAAAUGUUUCAUUAAUCAUGUUAGAUAUUUUCCAAUCAUUGGGAAUCGAAGAUAAGUGGUUUAAGUCGUUAAUGGAGGUAGAACUUAUUAACGUUGACAAAAUAACGAGAAAGAACUAUGUGACUAAUAAAAGAAAUAGUGGAGUUCCAUCUGCAGUUACGACCAAAUCAUCUAAUAAUGUCUUCAACACUUUAUUCAGAGGUUCUUCCAUUUUUUCAAAAUCUUUGGAGAAGUACAAUUUAAGAAUUGGUCAAGAGUACUUGGAAAAAGUCUUUGGAGACUUUUUUGCUAAAAUUUCUAGAGAGAAAAUGAACUGUGAAGUUGACCCAAGAUAUGUUAUUUUGCAAGAAAAGGCAGAAAGGAAAAAGAAUGCAAGCAAAGUUAGUCAGGCAAAAUCGGAUGGAACUGCUGGUCAAGAUUCGGACGAUGAUGAUUCUGACGACGAUUCUGAUAAUUCCGAUGCAUCUUCUGUUGAUUCUGAAUUGGAAAGAGAGAGAGAUGCUAGAGUAAAAGCCAUGGUUAAUGAAAACUUCAACAAUCUUUACAACUAUGCAGAAGAAAUUUGGCAUAAGAUCUAUAUUACAUCGAACGAUUUGCCAGAACAGAUAAAGACACAGUUGAAAAACUUCCGUACUAAGGUGGAAUUAGCUUGUGAUCCAGAGGAUAAGACCACUGCUUUGAAUUGCUUGCUGGCUUUCAUAUUCCUUAGAUUUUUCUGUCCUGCGAUUUUGAAUCCUAAAUUGUUCUACUUAACCAAGGAUCAUCAAACAGGUGAAACGCAAAGAACCUUGACUCUUAUUGCUAAAAUUUUGCUAAAUUUGGCUAAUAGACAAGAUUUUUCACCACAUAAGGAGCCGCAUUUGGUAAAGAUGAAUGAUUUCCUUUCCAAGCAUCAAGGCGAAGUUUUGGAUUAUUUUGACAAGAUUACUGGCAGAAAGAAUGACUUUAAUGAAAAAAUUUUAGAUCUUUCCCAUGAAGUUAAGAGAUUUGAUUUGGGAUUAGGUUCAGAUGCUACCUCAUCGGAAUUACCAACAACUCCUUAUCUUAUUGAUAAGUACUUGAGGUUGACUGAGUUAAUUCAUUUACUCGACUAUAAUGGAGGCGGAAAUGGUGGCACCUUGGCAAGUAUUGCUUCGAACAGAUCUUCUAUGGGUGGCAUGGCCACUACGAGAUCUUCACUUUCUAUUCAAACAUCGUCCAAUUCAGCCGUUCAAAACCAUUAUCGCGAUUCUUCACGAGAAUCAAAUGGCGAUAUUCAUGUCAAUGCUGAACGGAAUGUGUAUCAGAUUGGUUCAUUAGAGUUCGAAAAAUCUGAAUUUUUGGAUUUAGCUGGUGAUAAUGAGACUGAAGGUUUCUUGAAAUCUCUUUGCAGAUCCAAUGAAAACAUUUUCUCCUUCAUAACGCUGAAUAUCACUUUGAAGGACUUACAGAAACAGAGUACCAAUUUAAUGAGUAAAGUAAAUAACAUGGAGGUAUUUUUGGAAAGCUGUGAAUUACCGAUUAACUAUCAAACAGAUCAAAAGAUGUGGGAAGCAUUUACGGAGGAAAUUCUUUCAAGGGCAUACCUUGACACCCAAAGAAACUGCCUAACAUAUUGGCAUGGACUGGAAGAUGUACUUACACCCCUGAAUUUGAAGAAAUUGACCGAUAAUGCUUUGACACUGUUGAAAUUAAAAUUCCCAGCGGCUCUGAAAUACGAUAACGAAGUAGGUAGAUUAAGCAAUUCGUUUAGUAGUACUUCUUUGGCAAGUGCAUUAAAGGGCCCCAAGAAAAAGAAUCCAUUUAAGAAAUGGCUUUCAAGAGGAGAGAGAUAA